UAGAAGGAUAGAAAAAGGAAAAAGAGAUCAUCACAAUGAGCCCGCCAUCCCCAACACAUCACAACAUCGUCCAUCUUCAGGCCGACUUCACCUCUGUCGUUGAAUUCGAUCUUCCAGCCCCGCAUACUUAUACCAAUAUCAUCUACCCCCUGACUGCGCUGUCUGAUCUCCAUGAACGUAUCCGCGAUGCAACAAUUAUCACAUUCGCGAACAUCAAACUCGACGCCGUGACAUUGUCCCCCGAAGUAUCGCCGCAUCUCAAGUUCAUUGCGAUAGUGGCGACGGGCACCGAUUGCGUGGAUUUGGAAGCCUGCAGGAAACGAGGCAUCGUGGUUAGCAAUUGUCCAAGUGCAAAUAUUGAAUCUGUGUCAGAACAUGCCCUUGGACUGUACUUUGCGACGCGACGGAGAAUGUUUGAUGUGCAUAUGCUCACUAGAGCUGGUGAAUGGAGACCAGGGCAGAGCCCGAUAGCUCGAAUGCUCGAUAGCGAUGGCGAAAGGCCAUUGACGUGCCAGGAGGAAGUGGUUGGGAUUGUGGGAAAUGGAAACGUUGGAAAAAGAAUCGCCACGCUUGCACGGGCUCUGGGCAUGACAGUCAUGAUCUCUGGUCGAAAAACCUCCAGUAACCCCAACUUGUCAAAUGGAUUUAGCGAUGAUCAACGAGUGCCAUUCGAGACAGUCAUGAAGCAAAGCACAGUCAUCUUCCUAGCCGUGCCCCUCACUUCAUCCACCAAGAAUCUCAUCUCAACACCCGAGUUCGAAUCUAUGUCGCCCCAUGCUGUCCUGGUUAACGUAUCACGGGGAGGAGUUGUCGACGAAGAGGCACUCGUCCAGGCAUUAAAGGAAAAUCAAAUCGCGGGGGCAGCAACGGACGUGUUUCGCGAAGAGCCUGCAGAUCCGGCAAAUUCGCCAUUGCUUGCAGAGGAUACCAAAGACCUCAACUUGGUUGUAACCCCCCACGUGGCCUGGGCAGCGAGAAAGACAAAAGUCAAUCAAAACCGGAUGACGAAGCAGAUUGUCGAAGACUGGGCUGCUGGUUCACCCUCUAACCUUGUGAUUUGAUUUUCUUACCAGUUUUUGUUUCUGUUAAAUGCGAUAGAGAAGUCUAGAUUGAGACUAUAUAGCAGAAGCCUGUAUAAAUGUUCUAUGUACACCUCAUGCAAUG